CCUGGUGCUUGGUCAGAGCAGAGGCGGAGCGCAGCCAGACGGGGCUGCCAGCUCCCUCCCCAGCCCGCGAGGGGGCGCCGCGUCCCCAUGACAACGCGGACACCCCACCCCACCCCCCAGCCUUCCCGGAGGGCAGCGCCCCCUGCUAAACAGACGUGGUGACCGUAGGCGGUGCUCCCACAGUGCCCGAACGGGGAGCUGCCUGUCGGCCACAGGGAAGGGCGCGCGUAGCUGGGGUCCCCGACGCCCCGGGUGGUGCCCCCCGCGUGUCGCUGUUGGGUGGCCGGCCUGGGGCGGGCGGCGCGGCCCCAACAGGAUUGGCUGCUUCCCCGUGACAUCACGCGGCUAGGGGAAAAGUGCGAGCGUGAGCGCGAGUCGAAGCCACAGCGCUGGGAGCUGCGGGCGGAGCAGGGGCCGCCCCUCGGCACCCCGUUCCCGCCCUCGGCCCCGGCCCGGCCGGCCGCCCCGCCCGCGGGACCGCCCGUUUGUCCCGCCGUCCGUCAGGUGCGAGGCAAGCGGGGCGGAGGUGUCUGAUACUGCCGGCCCACUCCUGCUAACCAAAAUGGCGAACUUCACACCAGUCAAUGGCAGCUCCAGCAACCAGUCUGUGCGCCUGGUCACAUCAACCCAUAACCGCUAUGAGACAGUGGAGAUGAUAUUUAUUGCCACGGUGACAGGUUCCCUGAGUCUGGUAACUGUUGUGGGUAACAUCCUGGUGAUGCUGUCUAUCAAAGUCAACAGGCAGCUGCAGACAGUCAACAACUACUUCCUCUUCAGCCUGGCAUGUGCUGAUCUCAUCAUAGGCGCUUUCUCCAUGAACCUCUAUACGGUGUACAUCAUCAAGGGCUAUUGGCCUCUGGGUGCCGUGGUCUGUGACCUGUGGCUGGCCCUGGACUAUGUGGUGAGCAAUGCCUCUGUCAUGAACCUUCUCAUCAUCAGCUUUGACAGGUACUUUUGUGUCACCAAGCCCCUCACUUACCCAGCUCGGCGCACCACCAAGAUGGCAGGCCUCAUGAUUGCUGCUGCCUGGGUCCUGUCCUUUGUGCUCUGGGCACCUGCUAUCUUGUUCUGGCAGUUUGUGGUGGGCAAGCGGACAGUGCCAGACAACCAGUGCUUCAUCCAGUUCCUGUCCAACCCAGCAGUGACCUUUGGCACAGCCAUUGCUGCCUUCUACCUGCCCGUGGUCAUCAUGACGGUGCUCUAUAUUCACAUCUCCUUGGCCAGUCGCAGCCGAGUUCACAAGCACCGGCCUGAAGGCCUGAAGGAGAAGAAAGCCAAGACUCUGGCCUUCCUCAAAAGCCCCCUGAUGAAGCAGAGCAUCAAGAAGCCCCCACUAGGGGAAGCUGCUCAAGAGGAGCUACGCAAUGGGAAGUUAGAGGAGGCCCCUCCGCCAGGCCUUCUACCCCCACCGUGUCCAGUGGCUGACAAGGACACUUCCAAUGAGUCCAGCUCGGGCAGUGCCACUCAGAACAACAAGGAACGGCCACUCACAGAGCUGUCAACCAUGGAGGCCACCACACCUGCCACGCCUGCUCAUCCCCUACAGCCACGGGCCCUCAACCCGGCCUCCAAAUGGUCCAAGAUUCAGAUUGUGACGAAACAGACGGGCAAUGAGUGUGUGACAGCCAUCGAGAUCGUGCCUGCCAUGCCAGCUGGCAUGCGUCCUGCAGCCAAUGUGGCCCGUAAGUUUGCCAGCAUUGCCCGCAACCAGGUGCGCAAGAAGCGGCAGAUGGCGGCCCGGGAGCGCAAGGUGACCCGGACCAUCUUUGCCAUUCUGCUGGCCUUCAUCCUCACCUGGACACCCUACAAUGUCAUGGUCCUGGUGAACACCUUCUGCCAGAGCUGCAUCCCUGACACAGUGUGGUCCAUUGGCUACUGGCUCUGCUAUGUCAACAGCACCAUCAACCCUGCCUGCUAUGCUCUCUGCAAUGCCACCUUUAAAAAGACCUUCAGGCACCUGCUGCUGUGUCAAUAUCGGAACAUCGGCACUGCCAGGUAGACAGCAGGAGGCCAUGGGUUGCAGUGAGUGCUGAGCCAUGUGGUCUCCCAUGAGGCUGUUGGGAGAGAUUUGGAAGUAGCUCUCUGUAUUUGUGUUCACUGAAGAGAACUGAGGUCCCCAACACCUUGUGAAGCUCUGGAAGAGGCUCUGGCUGGAUGAGUGAGGAGAAUCAGUUCCAGAAAGUGUCUGAACCGGGACUGCCUGGCCCACCUCUUGCCCUGCCUCAGGUAGUUGGGAGGCACUGGCCUAUGGGAGCACCUUCCCACUGUGCCCAAUGAGCAUGGCUAAAAGAAUGGACAUCUGGAAGGGAGCAGUCCAGAAUCCCCUUGGGAGGAACAAAGGGGCCAAUGCCUGGAAAGGAGGUUGGGAAGGGAGUGAUAGGGUAGAGCCCCCAUUCUGCUGUUAAUCGGUGCUUUCUGCCCUCCCCUCCCCCUUGUGCCUGCAUGUAGGCUCAACCCUCCCCUCCCCCAUCCCACUGCAGGGGCAGCAAUCUCCCCUUGCUGCUGUUCCUCAGCAGGGCUCUGGCUGUGGGGGUUCGCCAGAGGACAGGUAGAGUAGGUGCUGAGGCACACCUCUGCAGCAUGCCCUGGUCAUGAGGAAGCAGCCAGGAGGCCCGCAUUGAGGUCUGCCCUACUGAGUCCCAGGCUGAGCUGAGUGGCCCACCUUAUUCUGAAGAGCCCACCCCCUUCCCCAGGGGCUUGUCCCAGGUCACACACAGUGAACAUGGGGCUGUGUCAGGCAGUGUUCCUGGCUGGCUUCAGCAGCGUGAGGGAGGUCUGCGGACUAGACAAACAGGCUUCAGUGACAAUUGGGACAGUGUGGUGAGGCAGGCCAGCAGACACUGUUUCUCCCAGUGGAUAGAACCUUCCUGACUGGCAGUGGGUGGGACCCAGACCUUUGACCUAGUGUUUUCUGAGUUCCCUCCCCCAGCCCUGGUGUAGCCCUGGAGACUGAAAGGCUUAGGGGACUUGAUGGGAGCGCCCUUUCAGCAGGGGGCCUGUUUAUAAUUGUUU